AAAAAAGAAACAAAAAAGGAAAAGGGUAAGGUGUGCGCCGUUUUCUAAUUGUGAUCUCUAAGUUGCGCCCGAUGUUGAACCCCGCAACAUUUCUUUCAUCCGAACAAUAAUAAAACGCGUUCAAUGUAUACGUAUAAUAAUACGAUUCGUAAAAUCCCGAUCUCCGAGUCGCGAGAUAAAAGAACUUCGGAUGAAUAAGAUGCGCGAGUUGAAAGAGAGGACUCGGCGCUCGGUGGUCCCAAAGAAAUAAGAAAAGGAAACGAAUAAACGAAGGCACAAAAAGCGAUCACCAAUACCAUAGCCGAUCGAAAAGCAGGCUACUUACUCCGCUGUACGGAGUGAAAUGCUUUUGCACAUUGUUCGCGAAUCAAUAGCUCCUGCUCGUUGUGCUCGCGAGCCCGAUAAUGCACAACCGGUGAAAGAGGAGAAGGUGCGCGACACCGUAGGACAAAAACACGUUCCGUAUACCGUACAGGUUAUAUAUAUACGCCAAAAAACGUUUUGUUCAAUAGAAUGAGCAUGCAAGCGAUUCGCGUUAGCUUCAACCUGCACGACUGUUAACGAACAGAGAGAGAGAAAGAGAGAGAGAGAGAGAGAGAUCCUAACCAGGGACGAAAAAGUGAUUUCAACAAUCGAACGGCGACGUGAGGAACUUUCGAAAAUGUACGUGUGGAUCGAAGGAUUACGAAAAUUUCGCGACGUUUUUACCGGAUCCGAAAUGGGAGGAUAAUUUAGGGCAGAUCCCCGCCCCGCUCGCCGGAGGAACGGAAAAAAAAAAAAAAAAAAAAGAAGAAAAAAAAAAUGUAACAUUCCGGUGGAUUGAAAUCAACUGAAAUGGAAUGAUCGGUAGUUUCGCUUGGGCGAGUUGGUCAGGCGGGUCGAAGUCUUACCGAACGAUCGUCAUAUUGCUCAACGCGCAAUACCCGCGCAGAUCUAUUUGUUGAAGCAAUAGAAUUAUAGAUUGCUUAUGCAACCGAUCGCGGUUUUGGUCCAUCGCUCGCUACUCUGCAUCUCUUUUGUUAAUUUUUCAUUCGACCUUUUUUUCCCCGUUUGUACACCCAUUUUUUAUUCUCCGUCUAAAAUUUUUCUACAAUCAUCGUACGGCUUUUUUUUUGUUUUUUUUUUUCUUAUUCCUUCGCAGUUCGCUUUCCCCGAUAAUUUCUAUCGGCAUGUUAGUUACACGAACGGAAAUCGAUCCGCUCGCGGUUCGAAAACGAAGGAAGCACGGAUAACUCGGUUCACCUGUUCCUUUUUUGCUUGCUUCUAAAAUUCACUAAAUCUAAUUCCUCGCUCUGGGGUGAAACCUGAAGAAGUCAUUUCACGAGUGUACAUCGUUAUCGUUCGCUCCACGGCGUUCUGGAUCGGCGUCAAGUUAGAUCGGGAUCGAUUAAUAUCCAACUUUAAUACAAACGAUCGAUUCUCCUCGGGGUAGAAAUUAUUAACUCGGAAUACCUGUACACGGGAUGGAUGUGUAAGACGACGGCCGUGCCGUUCAUAUUUAUGUAUAUCGUAUAUACGGCUGAUAAAUUUGAUUUCCAACAUUUCGCGCGGUCUCGUGAACUCCGGGUAUAAAUCUUCCGCGGUUGCAACAGCGGCCGGUCUCUCCUCGCUGUGACGUUGAAAAGAAAUAGACAAAUAAAUAAAUGGAUGAAAAAAUUUCGCGGCUGAGCAUUAUUUUAUGAUUGAACUUACUUAAUAAUAUCGCACUAAAAGUUUACGAUACCUAACACAAUGCUCUUUGUUCUUCGUCCGCCGCGGCGCCUCGUCGUGUACUCGAGUAUUGUACGUUACACACUAUAGAGGUGAAAUAUGUACAAAUAAUAUUCUCACUCGCGCGCCGCUAUUGUGCCAAAAAAUUGACGAGAUCUAACGCCGCGGUCCGAUUCCCGACUCCUUUCCCGUUUAUUAUAACAACCAGAACCGACGUAUCCUCCUACCUAUAACGCUGAUAAUUAAUUCCGGAUAAUAAACUGGAACGCUAAAGUCGAAGACGGAUGUUAAGCAAGGUUGUCGGAUGGAUCGACUUAUGGAGGGAGACACAAAAAAUAGGCGUGUGGGUCGUAUUGUAAUUCUGUGAUCAGCUCAGGGUCAACCGGAGCAUCGCCAAGCGUGUCAGCAGCAGUGUGAUGAGUGGAUAUCUGGGUGUGACCGCUCCCUCCCCGCUUCAUCACUACCCUCAGUAUUCCCCAGCCAUGAGGGAGAAAGACUCGAGUCCUAGGAAGAUGCCGGGUCACAUCAGCCCGAAACAGGCGAGCAUCUACCCUCUGAGCGUGAGGGUCCCCGACGCCGAGGAUCUCCCCUACGACCUCAGCCACGGCCACAGCAGAGGAAGUCCGGUGAUCGGUCACCAGCCGCACAUGAGCCCGGCGGCGCGUCCCCACCAUCAGCACGAGCUAGACUGCGAGCCCCUGGACCUCCGCGUCGAUCAUAAAAAGGAGAGUCUCCAGGACGAGAACCAGAACGAAGUCGAAGUCCUGAAUCAGAAUAGUCUGAAUUUACCUUACCACGCCGUCCUAUUCCCCCAGCAUCCCGCGGUCCAUCCGCUCGUUCUCGAAGCGAUGUACCGCUCCCACCACCAUACCGCCGUUGCGGAGCUUCCAAAGAUCCAGGUGCGAGCUUUACCGACGAUGGUCCCUCUGCCGCAGGCUCAGGCACCGCGACCCUCCAGUCCGUUACCUUCCCAGCCGCAAGCCUCUUCGCUGCCCUCCUAUCCGACGUCGGUCACGGCUGGCCUCAAGCCCAAAGAUCGGUAUUCCUGCAAAUUUUGCGGCAAGGUGUUCCCCAGGUCCGCGAAUCUCACGCGACAUCUUCGCACGCACACCGGCGAGCAGCCUUACAAGUGCAAGUACUGCGAGAGGUCGUUCAGCAUUUCCAGCAACCUUCAACGUCACGUGCGCAACAUUCACAACAAGGAGAAGCCCUUCAAGUGUCCGCUCUGCGAACGCUGUUUCGGACAACAGACGAACCUGGAUCGACAUCUGAAGAAACACGACGCCGACGGACCCACGAUUCUCGACGAGGUUCGCUCCAGAUACCACAGCCAGCUACCGCGAACGGACGAAUCCUACUUCGAAGAGAUAAGGAGUUUCAUGGGAAAGAUCACCUCGCAGAGACAAGGGAUAUCCUACUUCCCCGGUCUCCUGGCCCCGACCUCCGACGACUUCAAAAGCGACAAGCACCAGCUUCAGAUGGAGGAGAAGCGGGGUGACUCGUCGUACUUCAGCGACCGGGACAACCUCAGCUCGAGAUCGAGUAGUUCGACGAGCAGACCCGAAAGUAUUCACGAGGAACAGAGGGAGGCGGGUUCGCCACCGUUAUCUCCGGGUAACAACACCUGAGUCGGUUUAUCGCGUCGCCUGUAACCCUGCGAGAGAGCGAAAGACCCUGUCUCCGGCCGAAUCAACGACGGCGAGACCAAAUGAUACCAAGAAGUAAAACUAUAUUUAUAAAAGGGAACUCCGACGAGAGAGAAAGAGAGAGCCUGGACGGGUGAAAGAAGAAAGAAGGAGAGAGAGAGAGAGAGAUGGAGAGAGAGAGAGAGAGAGAGAUAGAUAGCCAAGAGGACUGGGCGAGUGAAUGUGAAUCGGAGGUGCUCGACGGACGGAUGGACCGCGCGGAUGACCAACCGUUUCGGUGAAAGGUAGAAGCGAGGAUCCAACCGGUAUCGGCGACAACCUGCGAGCAGCUGGCGAUCGUCGAGAAAAACCACGUUGUCCGAGUCCCCGAAGAAGACGUGCAAAGACUAUUUCAUCGUUUUCAUUGUUUCAUACCUUUGUAAAGACAAGACUACGUAACAUAAACACCGAUACAUUUCCACGCGUUAUAUACUUUCAUUACACGUACACCUGCGGACGCGCGCACUCGACGUUAAUUCUCCAACACCUACAACGAGCUACGUAUACGUACAUGAGGAAUCACACAAAUGCGCUUAAUUGUACCGAAAACACGACUCGAUUACUGCAUUAUACCUUUCUUUUCAUUCUCGAUACAAUUCCUCUCGAACACGUAAUCUCAAUGAUAUCUCAAGUUUGAGUAACGAACGGUACACCGUUUAUAAGGACCUUACACACGUCGCCCGGAGUUAUGAAAAUUUUUCGUUAUCGGAUCGCGAUUCGAAACCGACGGGACAGACAGACAGACAGACGGACGAACUCCUUCCGUUAAAAGCGCGGCGCACCUGAAAUGAUUAAGCUGUACCUAUAGCCGGUAUUUUCGUAGCAUGAGAAUGUAAUGGUAAUAGCAUGGAUGUGCGAACGAGCGGGUCUGGUGUAGUACGGAGAGGAUUCUAUCCCACGAGAGGAAAUGCGAGAGUUGAAACGUUGAGAGCAUACGUCAGGGGGUUGCAGGAGACGAAGUUCUUCUGAGGAAAUUGCCAAUAUCCCGGUGUUGCCGUAACGUUGUACGGCGCGCAUAUAUAACCACUGGUAGGGAAUAUAACGACGACGUCCUCUCUUACGCAAUUUAAACGUACGUAGUAGAUACACAUACGUAAAUAUAUAUAUAUCCAUAUAACCUGAAUGUUAUAUGCGAGAUUGCAAGCGAUCGCGGCGCAAGGAGUGUUAAGGACCGUCUUUUUCCUUCGCCAAGAAUUCGCUCUCGUUUGCGCGAAGGUACGUUCGCACGCGCCACACCCAGAAACCGGAGGAUCGCGAGGCCACCGCCAGGCUCAUGCUCAUGCUCAUCUCGAAAGUGAAACGAAACUAUACACGACGAUACUUUGAGGAAAAAAUAAAUGAGUAAAUCGUUGAAAAAAAAAACAAACAAAUCGACGAAAAUGACGAUAUCGAAGAUGAUGAGGAUGACGAUGACGAUGAUAACGAUAACGAUGUGCUAGCCGCCGCGGCGGGAGGCAACCCGAUUGAUCUCAAUUAAAGUCGCGGUACGUGUUUAUUUAUCGAUAUAACGACGGUGAAUUAUAAUUGGCAUCCUCUCGCGCUUAUUUGGCGUUGUUUCGCCGGCGCCGAUCGGCAAACGGCAAUAAGGAGCAGCGUUUCGUGAUCACCGUUUGGGCGUGCGUUGCCAUUUAAACGGUCUCUCGGGCCUUCUUCUUGGUUCAAGAGAGUCUUCCACCGGGCGUAUACCUCUCUAUAUACCUUUGUAAUAUACGCGCUGGAACGGAAGGCAGGCCGGCUUAAGUGGUUCAUUUUUAUUUUUUCCACUCUUUAAUUUAUUUAUUUCUUUCUCCGUUUUGUUUUCUUUUUAUUUUUCGGGGGCCUCCGAUCGCGAGCCGGAGGCAUUCAUCAUUCGUAAGAGAAACGCUUGCUGCUCGACUCUCCGCAACGAUCGCCGCCGAGUCACCUCCGGGCUCCUCUCGUUAGAUCCGAGUUAAUAUAUUUGGAAAGUGUAAAACCACCUCGUUCAUUUUAGCUCUCGUUAUUAUCGUUGUUGUUGUUGUUGUUAUCAUUAUCGUUAUCAUCAUCAUUAUGAUUUUUUUAUUUUUUCUUCACCGAUACAUUAUCGACAUUAUCCCCGUGUUUUAUAUACUUAACCGGUAGCUUCGAUCUCCUCCCACCGUUUAAUGUGUAACCGCGAAUGUUGAAUAAGCGAACUUCGUGUAAAUCGUUUGAAUGCGAACGACGUUCGCGCGCACAUCGUUCACAUACACGCUAGAUUUGUAUGGAGUAAAACUAGUUUGAAAAAUUUUUCUUCUUAAUUUAAGGUACGAAAAAAAAAAAACAAAUAAAGAAAAUGAAAAAAAAAAAAAAAGUCGGAGGUCAUCGCGAGCUGGAACACGGCGCGUGUGUUUCCACCGUGAUUUCUUAUUAAGGCAGUACCCCACGAUAUUACACAUAUAUAUAUGUAUACGUAUAUACGGUAUAUGGUGUACAUACUCACCAACCACCACACCUUGCGAGUAUGCCGCGGACGUGAAGAUGGUAGCUGCGUGGAGGUCAUCGCGAGCGAGGGAACUAUUCAGACCACACCUUCGCGGGAUCCGACGCUCGCGCGCCCUCGACCACAGAUGGUUCUGUGCAGCCUCAACCAGCUCGGAGAUUUCUCAGCUGCUUCUGAUGCCGCUGCAGCGAGUGUAAAGGACUCGCUGCCGUUAUUGGUAUGAUGCACCCGUAACACCUGCGGUAGAUCGAAUAAUACCGUGUAAAUUCAAAGGCGAUAGCGAACGGUCGUGUCUUCACCGCGGUCGACUACGCACUAGAUACGUUGUGGAGAAAUCGGAAGAAAUAUUCAUCCGAAAUAGAUAAGCCUCACGAACUUUGUAAACACCACCUCGCGCCGGUUGGACGGUCAAUGGCACGAAUGAAACCGAAACACAACAACGCAGCGACUUUGUUUUCGUUCGAUGUCGCUCUGUGGGGCAAAAAAAAAAAAACAUCGUCUCCGUACAGUGUGCGACAAUAAUAUCCACCGAUUGUGAGUAGGUAUUGUGCGCGGAACCAUGGAACGAAACGUAUACGAUAUGAACUUCCAAUUUAUACGGAAGAAAUUCAUUUGACUGACAUGAUGGAUGAAUGUGUGACGGACGUAUACCGUACGUGCAUGCGAGGAUUAGAAUUUAGUGGGCGAACGGAAUGAAUGAAAUAAUUUCGUAACUUGGCGUAUAAGUUCUUCUUAGGUGUAUAAGAGUAUGGUUAAUCUGAUUUAUCGCCCGACACACGCUGUACCAUGUGGUAGUCCUCUUUAAUUAGAUAGAUGUAAUGUACAAGUAUACGUAUACGACUAUAUAUAUAUACCUAUAUAGAAAUGUAUAUUACACAUAAAUAUAUAUAUACAUAUAUAUAGAUGGGUUUAGAGGGCUUUAGUUGCCUAACCCGACCGUGCAAAUCUUCGUUACCUUUAAUUAGAUUAGAUAAUCGUAAGUAAACCUGCGUGCAUAGUAUAAUUAAUAUAUUAUUAUUAUACGAUAUAAUAAUAUAAACCUAAAUCAUAUAUUUAUAGGCAUAAGUUCAAACCGUAUAUGGAUAAAAGUAUACAUACAUACCUACUAUCGUCGCCGAACAAAUUGUGUCGUGGCUCAAGUUAAUAAUUAAAUCGAGAAUCAUUAUUUUUUUACCUGUACAUAAUUGAAGAAGAAAACGAAAAAUAAUAAUUAUCAUUAUUUCAUUGAAAAGAAGAAAAAAAAAGUUAAAAAAAAAACAUAGCGAGCUGGCUCGUAAGUUCGGAGCGAAUGAAAAUCGUUUUGAUGAAUAAAAUGUAACUAGAUCUAAAGCAGAUUGCAGUUCAUUAAACCGUGACUCACUAUAUAUAUAUGUAUAUGUAAAUGUAAAAAAAUUGAUUUGUAUUCGCUCUGCAAAAUGCACCAAUAAUAAUUUUAUUACAACUAAAUUAUAGGUACCCAUUCGAAAUAAUUGUACUACUAUGUGUAAUGUGUGUCUGUAUAUUUUUCAUGUUUUUUUUUUUUUCUUUUAUUGUUCUCUACGCGAUCUAAUUAGGACUGUAUAAAUUAUAACAUGAUUGUGAUUUUAUCGAAGUUACCGAUAUACAUACCUGUAGAUUUUAUUUAACAGAAAUUUAGUCCGCAUAUAGAUGGCUAUUAAUCGGCCGAGUUGCCACCUUUGUAUUCCUUCAGCGUUGAAAAAUUGUGUAAUCCUUCCUGAGAAAUAAAUGGGGACUGUCGUUUCCUCAAUUUUCUGCCACUGACGUAUCGAUUUGCAAAAAAAAUAUUAUUCAGAUACAUACAUUAUACGAAGAAUUUCUUUGCCCCUGAUAAAAAGAUAUACAUAUAUUCUCUCGCGGCAGAUUCUGCGAGCUAUG